CCUCCUUCUACUCCUCCAAUUGUCUUCUCUCCACCCACCUCUCCUUCUUCUCUUCCAUCUCCUCUCCCCCCACCAUGGCUUCCGCCAGAUCGGUCGCGCGGCUGGUCGCCAACCGCCGCUCCCCCUUCAUGCCUCUGGGCUUGACCGCAAACUUCUCUUCCUCUGUGUCCCGCGCAGCCACCCCAGCGGGACCCCCUCAUCCCAGCUUCCGUCUGCCCCCGCCCAAGCGCUGGGACCAGGGCUCUGAGUCUUCCCUGGACAAGGCCUCUAAGUACUUCCUCAUGGCCGAACUGUUCCGCGGCAUGUACGUCGUGCUGGAGCAGUACUUCCGCCCACCGUAUACCAUCUUCUAUCCCUUCGAGAAGGGUCCCAUCUCUCCCCGUUUCCGCGGUGAGCACGCCCUUCGUCGCUAUCCCACCGGCGAGGAGCGCUGCAUUGCCUGCAAGCUGUGCGAGGCCAUCUGCCCGGCCCAGGCCAUCACCAUCGAGGCCGAGGAGCGUGUGGAUGGAAGCCGCCGGACGACCCGUUACGACAUCGACAUGACCAAGUGCAUCUACUGUGGUUACUGCCAGGAGAGCUGCCCCGUGGAUGCUAUCGUUGAGACCUCCAACGCUGAGUACGCCACCGAGACCCGCGAGGAACUCCUCUACAACAAGGAGAAGCUGCUUGCCAACGGCGACAAGUGGGAGCCCGAGAUUGCUGCGGCUGCCCGUGCCGAUGCUCCUUACCGAUAAACGGACAUUGCUGCUUCGGUGUUCGCGGUACGCAAUUGGAGAAGCGAAUGAGGCUUUGGCCCCGUGAGGAGACACGGGCCUAUGCCGAGUGCGCCUACGGGCCAUGCACGAAAAAUCUAGAAAGGGCCUAUGAUGCCCUCGACCCCUAUCACAUAUUGUACAUAAACCCCCUCGACCUUGUGUUAUCACUUUGUACUAGUCGAUUCCCAAAGGAAGUUUCGUUGAGACUCGGCUCCUUUGUCUUUUAUAUUUCCUAUGUUCUGGAAUAUAGCAUG